AUGUCUACCACUACUACAAUGGAGAUGGAGCAGACCGUCGCUGCUCGCUUCGAGACCAAGGAUCUCGUCGAGUUUGACCCCAAUGUCGUCUACGGCGACUGGAGAGAUGAGUUCCACAAGACAGGCUGUGUUCUGAUCAAGAAUGUCAUCAGCAAAGAGAAAGCUCAAUACUACUGCGACAAACAGAUUGAGUGGCUCAAGAAGUUCGAGCUUGGCUUUGAUGAGAAGGACCCCAGCACUUGGAAUGCGGAUCAUCUUCCUGUCUCCUUCAAGGGAGGUAUGUAUUACGGAUACGGCGCUACCCACGAGAAGAUGGCUUGGGAAGCACGCACGGAGCCCAAGGUUGUUGAGAUCUUUGAGAAGCUCUGGGGAACCAAGGAGCUCCUGUGCUCUUUUGACGGUCUCAAUGUCUCCCUGCCUAACCGAACCGAUAUCACUUGGAGCCCUUGGCCUCACUGCGAUCAAAACCCCGAGCGCAAGGGCAUGCAAGCCGUGCAGGGUCUUCUAAACUUUGCCCCCAACGGCCCCAAGGACGGUGGUCUCAUGCUCAUGAAGGGCUCUUCCAAGCUCUUCAAUGAGUUCUUUGCUCAAAAGCGCGACUCAGCUGAUCAUGAGGAUGCUCCUCCUCCUGAGAUCAAGUACAUGGACUUGUUCAUCUUCAGCGAGAAGGACGUCAAGUGGUUUGAGGAGCGAGGAUGCACUAUGUAUAAGGUUGACAUGGAGCCCGGUGACUUUGUUCUUUGGGACUCUCGUACCAUGCAUUAUGCUCGAUUCCCUGAGGGCGAUCAGAUCCGACAUGUGCAGUACAUCUGCAAGGAAGCUCUUAAGGCCAAAUCCUUUUGCUUCAACAACUACAUGGGCACUACACAUUGGCCUCAUUGCAACAUCCGCAUCGCCCAGGAGAAGCCUAUGAGGAAUGGCGAGAUCUGCCCUAAGUACCGUACAGAACCUUUUGAGAAGCCCGAAGUAACGGAUCAGAUACUUCGAUUGGCAGGUGUUAAGUCUUAUGAUGAGUGA